AUGGGCGGUGUCAGUGGUGCCGGAGCUCUUGGCGGCGCAUCCGCUGGCGAGCACGGUGCGAGCAUUAUAGGUCCAGGAGACAGCAUUAGCGACGACAACAGGAGAGUUCUGGAAUGGAUUGCCCAAGUUCUAAGAGCAGACACACGCGAAGCAGCUUUGCUAGAGCUCAGCAAGAAGAGAGAACAAGUGCCGGAGCUCGCGCUCAUAUUAUGGCAUUCCUUUGGCGUCAUGACGUCCCUCCUCCAGGAGAUCAUCUCGGUCUAUCCACUACUCAACCCCAGCCAGCUCACAGCCGCCGCAUCUAAUAGGGUUUGCAAUGCGCUCGCCCUGCUCCAAUGCGUUGCUAGCCACAGCGAGACCAGAGGCCUUUUCCUGAACGCGCAUAUCCCUCUAUUCCUCUAUCCAUUCCUAAACACUACCUCCAAAUCGCGGCCCUUCGAGUACCUUCGCCUCACUUCUCUCGGCGUCAUUGGAGCCCUGGUCAAGAACGACAGUUCCGAUGUGAUCAACUUCUUGCUGACCACGGAGAUUAUACCGCUCUGUCUACGAAUCAUGGAGACCGGGUCAGAGCUCAGCAAGACUGUGGCAAUCUUCAUUGUGCAAAAGAUCCUCCUGGACGACAUGGGUCUUCAAUACAUCUGCCAGACAUACGAGCGCUUCUAUGCUGUGGGAACUGUGCUUAGUAACAUGGUCACUCAGCUCGUGGAUCAGCAAACGGUCAGACUGCUGAAGCAUGUCGUGAGAUGCUUCCUCCGGCUUUCGGACAAUGCCCGCGCUCGCGAGGCGCUACGGCAAUGUCUUCCCGAACCACUUCGAGAUGCCACGUUCUCGCCAGUCUUGCGAGACGAUGCAGCUACUAAGCGUUGCCUAGCACAACUGCUCCUGGCUUUGUCCGACCAGGCUGAGAACCCAAUGUCUGGAUCAUAUAACAACCAUCAAAAUCUGAUUCACUCCGUCUCUUGAGGGAGAGGUUGUGGAUCGAUGAACCCAGGGCAGCUGAGAAUUCGGAACCUCGGAGAAGCUCGAAAUCGGGCUUGAUAUGUUCCAGCGUGGACUAGCACAUUUGGCUCUUAAAAGUUUCAAGCGAGGACCGGUGACAGUGCGGACAGCUUUACGAUUAUUCUUUGACAUGUUCGGAGCCCAACCAAACUGGAUCGGCGUUCGUAGACAGGAAAGUGUGCUUUAUCUGGGAAAGGGAAUGGGAGGAAGAGAGACGCCUGAUGCAUAUUCACAACUGGGCAUGGCCACUUAUACCCCCUGCAACGCUGCCUCAUCUCUAUUUGAUGCGGCGUUGCGUGCACGGCUUUGCGACACUACUACUACGACUACUACCUUGAGCAUAGCGGGAGGCGUUCUGUUUUAUUUUCCUUUCGCGGUCAAUAUCGAUUGAGCGGGCUGUAGAACUAACUAUACGGGACUUUCGACAAAAAGAGGAUCAAGACGUCUAGGGAAAUGAUCGGUUUUGCGACCUUGAGACAUGUAGAUAUGAAUGCGGCUUCGUUGCUUCUCUUAUCGAUGAAUGGAUCGCUGGGCGUAGAGUCGCCUCGCUGGGUUGAGUGUAUUUUUGGGCAGAAGGACAAAAAGCCAUUCUUUACUUGACCAAAGACUGUCUCAGAAAAUAUCUGCCUUUUAUGACUUGUAGAAAGCGAUGUGAGUCCUGCACAGAACAUCGCAAUACAGUGUCUGCCACGCGAUUAUGUGAGCCAUCUACUUGUCCGGCACAGCCCUUGUUCUGAUAAGUAAAACGAUCGCCUAGUUCUCUUCCUCGACUCGCAUUGCCCAAAUUUCCUUCCAACGCCCUUGAGUUCAUUUCGACUCGCUUUUGUGCCUGACAUACUCGUGGUGUCGCCCAGUGUGUCAGUUCGGUGUUAAGGUACCGAAGUCUUGCGGACGCGCACGCCUUUAUGAAGGUCAUGGUGCGCCGCUGCAGCGUCUGUUGAUGCAUUUUGACAAGAUGAAAUCAGAUUUCUAUUGCAUAUGUUUUCGUCUGGCCUACUUCGCCAGGAAUGGAGAAAGUUCGAUGAUGGCGAUCACGUUGGCCUGCUUAUGCCUGCCAGUUUGAUGGAUCGUCGACAUAUUCGUCUUGGAGCGCGCCAAAUCGAGAUGUUUUCUUCUGCGGCUGAGCUGUCUUGCUCGCUGAAACGGCAGUACUCGGGACUGGGGUGGCGUCGCCAUUCUGGGUAGUCUUGUUCUUGACUUUCUUGGUCUUUACCUCGCUCCAGCCAGAUUCGUGGUUGGACUCUUCCAACGCUCGCGACAGAUCAUCGUCGCCGGAUCCAACAUUGUCUGUAGUUGAGGUAGCCGCAGUGCUGAUACCAGCAUUUGAUGAACUGUUUGAUUCGACAUCGAAGGUGUCCAGUAAAGAGGCCUGAUUGCUAGAGGAAGCAACCUCUGUGUCUCUGGCUGCGUUCUGCUCGGCCCAAGCAUUCUUCGCUGGGGCGGACGAAGUGGUAACCCCGUUUCUUGCUGGCUCGCCUCUGGCUUCACGAGCAAUUCGUCGUUGUUGCUCCAUGAGUCUCUUCUGCUCUGCAUCAGCCUGUGCACGAGCUGCUUGUUCGGCCUCUUUUCUUUGCCGAUUCUGGCGUGCUUUCUUCGUCUCCUCCUGUGCCUCUUUCUUUGGCUUAUUCGUCUUUUCCUUGACAGGCUUUGUCGGAGCUGUGAUGCGUAAUGAGUUUGGGCCGGAAGCUGCUGGCUCAAUCAUAUCAGCGACGCCGCUUGUCUGAAGCGCUGUUGAGGCAGCGGAUGCCCGACUGUCAUCUUCGGGUUGAGAAGAUGGCUCGAAGACUGGAGUGGGAGCAUCGAUUGCCUGGCUGUUCUUGGCCUUGACGGUCUUUACGCGAGCCUCCGUCUUGUUUGUUUUCUUCAGAUCGGUGCCCUC